GAUGUUUUACAUUGUUCCAGGGUAAUUUGCAUGUCAAAGAAAUUUACAUGCGUUUCCAGAGGAGAAUUCAAGUGUUAAUCAGGACGAAUGAACGUAGACUUUCAUCUUUAUUCCAACUAGUUAACGAGGUUCCCGUUUUGAGCUGUCCACGGGAAGCAUUUGGAAGCAUCUUGUUAGGGAUAUUUAUUUGAAAUUCGAUAUUCAGGCGAUUUGACCUUAAGGAAGAUAUCAAAUUUACGGAAAUCUGAUCGACACACGUAUAUGGCCCUUGGGGGUCGAUCGCGGACGACCAAUGAACGACGACGGAUUCCCCCACGAAUUGAGUAUUUCGAGCCGAGACUGCAUUUCGUUCGAUACUAGCUUAAAAAGCGUCCCCUGGGAUUUACCCAUUGCAGUGCAAUAUUUCACGAGCGAGACAUCGGUGUUUCGAUCAUGUCCUCGCUUAUUACAUUCACGUGUGUUCUAUUGACGCUAUAUCUUUCCGAAGGAACGAUUAUAUACACCGCUCAGUGCCGUUCAAGAUGUCAUUCCUUGUACAAAACACGCAAAGAUCAGCAGAAAUUAUUGCAGUGUUUGUCGCCGUGUGCUCAGGACUACGCCAAAUUAGGCAGCUGUAGAGAUUUUUGCAAAUCUUGGGGAGAUGAUUUAGCAGCACCUUGCCAUUUUUCAUGCAAAAAAUAUAAACAGAUUUACCGCGAUGACUACGGAACUGGGAAAUGCGUGUCAAAAGGUUCGUUCCUAGACCACGAAUACUGCGAUAGAAAUGUCCGAUGCGACGAGUUGAGGAAAUGCUGCUCGAAAACCAACAAUUGUGAAGACAUCGUUGUUUAUGGUGAAGAAAUAAAAGUCGCAGUUAGUGGCAUAACAAGCUCGUCCUUGUUGGCAAGAUGGAAUGAGAGUAACAUUACCAAUGCAGUGUACAUUAUACAACUUCGUGAGCUCGACAGCAAGUCUAUAUACUACGACGAUUACGACUGGUCUCCGUGGGAACAAAUACAACAGGGAGUAAAAAUCGUUGGAGUCAAGUUGACUGCUUUGCAGUCUGGUAUGAGGUUACAGAUACGAGUUGCAAUCGUUAACAGCAGUGGCUUGCAAAGUAUUGGGCCAGCAACGCCUGUGAUAAGGACCCUAUUCAACGCAAGCCGACCAAGCGCACCCGAGCAAAUAUGGGUGAUGAAGGAAAGUUUUUCUUUGAAGUCAGUUAGUGUCACCUUGGAAUGGAAGCCUCCAGCAAUUUUAGAUGUUCCGGUGCGCAAGUAUCGUAUUUAUUGGAGAGAGAUAACAAAGGACACAGGAGACCUUGCUGUUCUUACCAAAAUGCAUACCCAGGUCCCAGGCUCUCAGCUCAAUUACACCAUCCAGAAACUUAAACCGGAUACGACGUACAGGGUUGAAAUCGAAGCCAUGUGUCUUUGGAAUAAGAAAAAAUUAAAAGGCCCAAAAGCUGAAAUAAAUGUUUCAACAGGGCAUAUAAAAGACAAUGGCAAGGGAUCAAUAGACGUGUAUUUCACGAAGAAUAAAACGAAAAAGGAAAAGUCGAAUCACCCACCAAGAUAUUACGAUGAAAUUAAGAAUAUAAAUGUCCUUGUUGAGAGGGAAAAUGGCACAACAGCUACGACAUCGCCAAGCGUCGAUCUAAACAAAUCGCCCGUGAACUCGGGCAUUCGAAGGCAUCUCGAUGAAUGGUUAACACUAACCUUGCCAAUACUUUAUAUGCUAGCUUUCUGGAGGAACUGAACCGCAAUAAAAGCACGGUAAAAAUAAACAGCGUUGUAUUACACAGCUGCAGAAUGCCGUCCCUACAAAGCUACGCGUAUUACGAAAGAGUAUAGAGCUGUAAAACUCACCAAAUUUGAAACACGUGUAAAUAUGUCUGUUGGCGAUUCCGUUCGGCGUUCAUCUUUAUAUGCAGUUAAAGUGUCCGUUUUUGAAUGAAAUUUGUUCACGAAGCAAGCCUUUCAUACAGCGAGUAAGCUGGUAUCUUCACCGAUUGCACAAACCGUCAAACAAAUAACUUUUAGAGACAUAAAAAGUUAGCAAUUUUAACAUUUGUAAAGUUAGAUAUUUAAAGGGCGAAGUAACAAAUCUUCCAACGGCUUCGGGCGCCGCAUUUGAUUUGGGAGAAUGGAACGAGAAAGUAAUGUUGGCAAAUUCCGAGAAAUUGUACAGUGUUUCCGGUUGGAAAUUUCGUAGAAAUGAGUUCAGGAAAACUUCAGAAUUUCGUCGAAAAGUUUUACUUGAUUUUCGUGUUGAAUGUUGAGUUAGUUAAAGAUAUGGCCCUUUGUACCGUGUACUUAAGGGUGCAAAAUUAAAUAUCAAAAUAUGGUAUUAUAAGUAGUGAAAUUCUGACGUUUUUUUGAUAAUUCGUUUGAUUAAAAAGUAAAAAGAGUAUUUUGCAAAAGAGAAAAGACGUAGGGGCGAUCAAGCUCAAUAUUUUAAAGAAAUCUGUGGAUUUACUAGUAUAAGUUAGACAACUAUAGACAACUGAUCACUUGGUCAAUAAAACUCUCGCAUCAAGCUCAAGUCGGCAAGUUUCAAACCAUGCAAAAUUUCGACCGCGUUUGGUUGAAAUUUGCCGCGCAUGGCAAGUAGAGAAAAGCUGGACCUUUUCUCUUACAACAACUGAUCUUGAAUAGAAACUGGAUUGUGUAUCUAUUGUGCUUAAAAUAACCUAGAAACCCGGAAUAAAACCGAUAAUUUUUCAUCGAAUUUAAAAUGGUUAAAUUUUUCGCUAAAAGGCUAACAAUAGAUCUUCGCAUUCAGUCUACAUUUCAGAUCAGUGGCCGUACUUGGGUAAGAUGUUGAGAUAUUACAAGUAUAUAUAUUUUGUUAUAAAUAUUGUUGGUUGAAGCAACCCUAAAACAUAUUUGAGAAAGACAAUCAUAUUUUGAUUAAUGGUGUAGUUUAUUCAGUGAACGAAUAAAGCUUUUAAUUAAAUUUUA